GUAAGUAGUCUUUGAAAAUCACAUUAAUUUUGAAUAUAUACAUUUUUUUUGCAUGUCCAAAUCCACGGAAAGCGAAGCACCUGAACUCAAAGUGGAUGCGGAGAAUUGGCAACUUCGUUAGAAAUUCAAAUCUGGACGACUCUUGGUCAGGCCAUUGCACUACGGGAAUAGCACAUAGCACAUAGCAUAUACAUAAUCAGGUGUCAUUGUGUUUUGGGUCGGCAUACAUUGCGACUGCACUGCAAGUGCAUUGGUAUAUAAGGUGGCGAAUGGCAUUGGUAUAUAAGGUGGCGAAUGGCAGACGCGCUCCUCAGUUGCAUUCCACGGAGUCGCCAUGAACUCCACACUAUUGGAUUACUUGCGGAAGCUGCCGGCAGAUCCUGUGCGUCUGCCCAUGCUGGGCACACCUCUGCCAGCGAUUGCGAUAGUUGUGGCUUAUCUGCUGCUGAUCUUCAAAGUGGGCCCCGAUUUCAUGAGAACUCGCAAGCCCUACAACAUACGGAAUGCCAUGUUGGUCUAUAACUUCUGUCAGGUUUUAAUGAACUCCGGAAUCUUUAUAAUGGGCUCCUACUAUCUUUUCCGCAAGAAGAUGUACAACUUCAGCUGCAUGGACAUGCUGCCCUGGGAUCAUCCAGACAAAGGUGUCGAUCGCAUGUUCACCUACGUCUACUUCAUCAACAAGCUGAUCGACCUGAUGGACACCGUAUUCUUUGUGCUGCGCAAGAGCGCCAAGCAGAUCACCGUACUCCAUGUGUACCAUCAUGUGUUCAUGGUCCUGGGCGUGCCACUCACCUACUACUUCUACGGACCCGGCGGACAGUACAACCUGAUGGGCUACCUCAACUCCUUCGUGCACGUGGUGAUGUACGCCUACUACUUUGCAUCGGCCUGGUAUCCGAACGUGAAGAGCACCGUGUGGUGCAAGGAGUAUAUCACCAAGCUGCAGUUCCUGCAGUUCGUGAUCCUCUUCGCCCAAUCCCUGCUGACCUUGUGGCUGAGUCCUGGCUGCGGUGUGCCCAAGGUGCUGCAGUACGUGCAGCUGGGAGGUUCCGUUUCCAUGAUGGUCAUGUUUGGCAACUUUUACUAUCAAACCUAUGUCAAAGCCAAGAGCAAACAGCAGUGAUUUCCAAAUACAUUGUAGUACUCUUCUUUACGCAA